AUGGAGUGUUCCCUUACAGAAUCCUACGAUGUAGGGAUUGAGGCCCUGCCUGGUGAAAGCCCUCUGGCUUUUCUGAAUCCUCUAAAAACGCUUUUGACGGCACUUUACGUGGAUUUGUUUGAGGAUCUCAUCGGCGAAGAUGCGUACAACUGCUUACUGGCCGGCAUGGUUGUCGAAGCUCGUCGUACAACCCAAGGCAUCAAACUGUCCUUCUCUGGAUAUUCUCACAAACUUGGCCUACUCAUUCGCAACGUCGUGGACUCCAUGAUCCACUUCCUGAUCCCGGGAUUAGACCGAUUUCGGUGUUUGAAAGAGGAAGUAUCACGUGAGAUCACCAACUUUGGUGCGAAGCCCGCGUACCAACAAACCGGGAUUUAUCUCACCAACUUGAUCACCGAUCGCUCAUGGAUUAACGAAGAGUUGGCAGAAGCUUUUCCUGAAGUAACCUACGAGCUACUAACAGGUUUUAUCCCAGAAUUCUUCUCACAACUAUUCAUCGAAAUCCUGGCAUACGGUAACGUUACUUUAGAGGAAGCUUUGAGUUACCGAGAUCUGAUUGAGGGAGCGUUUCUGAUGCAGUUUGGGUCCAAGCCACUAGAGUCGAAUCAAAUCACUAUGGCUCGUGAGGUCAUUUUUCCAUCACAGACGAAAGCCAUCUUCCAGAGAUUGACAAAUCAGCAGCCGACCUCGGCAAUAUGUUAUUACCUCCAAGGACCGUUACAGUCCAUACGAAAUGACACCAUCUUGAACUUGUUCUGCGAGAUAGUCCACGAGCCGGCCUUCAAUACUUUGCGUACUGAGCAACAGCUGGGGUACCUGGUUUACACCGGAGCACGCCGAUCGAAUACACUUCAGGGAUUCCGUUGCAUUAUUCAAUCGACAGCACGUCCAGAUGAGCUGGAGAAAUCAAUUGAGAACUUUUUGCUAUCCGUCAGAGACUUAUUGCUGUUCAUGAGUCCAGAAGAAUAUGACAUGCAUGUGGAUUCCCUUACCUCACGAUUGCUGGAGAAACCAAAGAGCAUGUCUGAGAAGAAUUCACGUCUAUGGUCCGAAAUAGCAUGCCAUCACUACAACUUCCAACGGCAGUCGCUGGAGGCGAGCACUUUGCAGAAGAUACCGCUUAAAGAACUAUUGGAUUUUUAUGACCAGUACAUUUCUCCCACCUCGACAAAACGCAGGAAAGUUUCCGUGCACGUGAUAUCCUCGGAGAAACACGGCUGCAAUCUAGCCGGCCUUAUGCCGUUAGUUAAGGGUGAUGUUAUCAAGGACCACAACAAAUUUAAAGAUACUUGCAAACUGAGCGAAGUUGCGCAGCCGUUCAUGACAUUGAAACCCCGGUACACUGCAGAGACGCUGGGUGCAAUGCUUUCCAAGACCACCCCAGUUACUACCUAGAUCCUUGUAGAGUGAUUGCUGCUCCUUAACAAUGUGCCAAACUCGUCUGAUUUUUAUCAAUACUUUACUGUGCACUCUACCACAUUCAACCGGCACUUCAUUCGUCAUCUUUUCAUGACGGACGCAAUAUAUUUUUCGGUUUUAUUCAUCUCCUUUCGUCAUGUGUAAAGCACCUUAAGUAUGUAUUGAAUCAGGAUUUUCUGACCAGCGUUGUUCCCAGUCAAGGAAGCAUGCUUCACGUCUUUAGCUACACUCCGAAACCUUUGUCAAGAUGGCCCAUGGAAAUCCAUCAUCAGUUGCAUCAAUUAAAGCACCUGAUUUUUGACUACGAACAUGAUGCGGCCUAAAUCCCAUCCGGCA